UAAACAUUAAAAAUAAUUUUUACAUAAUAUAAAGCGUUUACCAUUUACUGCAUUACUACAUAUUCUUUCGCAUAUUCAUAAACGAAUUAUCAAACAUGCGGUAAUAUUGAUGUUUUAUUUAACACUUCUUCUUUUCCUCCUUUUGUUACUUUCGUCAUUGAAAAUUCCUGAGAUUGUUGUAUAUUACUUUUGCGUAAAAUUCUAAUUUUUUAAUAUUUUUAUAGAAUAUUAACAAAAAAUGAAUGAGAUAAAAAACAGUAAAAAAAAAGCGAAAGAGGGAGAAGAAAACAGAAUAAAGUGAGUGCGCAAUUAUUUAACUCCUUCAUUUCCAAAUUAUUUAACUCUAUAGCAUCUGCGGUAACCCAGUGGUAACCGUGAGUUUAAAAGCCCGCAAAGUUGUUGCUGUCAGUAUGUUUUGAUUUUUUCUCCAUGAGAAUAUUAGUUCUACUCAAAACAAAGUUGAUCCAUAGCCGAAAAAUCAGUGUAUUCACGUCAGAAAUUUUAUUCGGAGUCGGUGCCUCGUGGUCUAAUCUGCAAAACCUAAUCGUACGAAGAAAAUUGUAUGAAGAAAAAUACUAUAAAUAAAAGGUUAAUCAGACAAAUAUGAGUACCCGUCAUAAGAUAUGCCUAGUGAUUCUAUGCAUUGCUAUGACAUGCGUUUUUGCUCAAUAUCCAACAAACAAGUGCCAUCAGAAUUUAAAUGACGAUCAAGUGGUUCUAAUUAAUUGUACAAUACAUAAUAAUAAUUCUGUUUUCAAUAUAUAUAUUAGCCAAGAAAAUGAUAUAACAAUCAACCAUUUCAACUGUAUCAACUCAUCGGGCUUGUCAGAUUUGAAUCCAGACGUAUGGGAAAAUAUUACGCAUAACAUUUCAUGGCCGUUUUACGAAGCCAUACAGUUCGACGACUGCAAUUUACCUGAGAACGUUAAAUUGAUUGACGUUGUGCAAAUGCUAAGAGCUAUAGAAUCAAACAUUCAUAUAUUAAUUCUUCAAUCGCACAAAAACUUGAGCUUGACUUUGAAUAAGUAUCACCUAAAUGGUUUUACAAAUUUAGAAAAGCUGGAAAUAGAGAAUUACAAGACAUUCCAUGUGGAGAGCGAUUUGUUAGCUAAUUUGAAAAAAUUGCAAACCCUUUCCCUAUCCAGCUUAGAACAUUUGGCCGAUGAAUUUUUUGAUUAUACCCCCAAUUUAAGAACACUCAAUUUGAACAAUAAUCAUUUGAAAUUGAUAAAACCAAGCACAUUUAAUAAGCUGAAAAAUUUAAUAUAUCUGAGUCUACAAAAUAAUAGUUUAUACAAGCUUCAAUUGGGUUUUUUCGACAAACUUGUCGCUCUGAAAAACCUCGAUGUUUCAGAGAAUUUUUUAACCGAGCUUCCACCGGGUAUUUUCGAUAAACUUGUCGCUCUGGAGACCCUCGAUGUUUCAGAGAAUUCUUUAACCGAGCUUCCACCGGGUAUUUUCGAUAAACUUGUCGCUCUAAAGACCCUCGAUGUUUCAAAGAAUUAUUUAACCAAGCUUUCAUUGGGUAUUUUCGACAAACUUGUCGCUCUGAAAAACCUCGAUGUUUCAGAGAAUUCUUUAACCGAGCUUCCACCCGAUAUUUUCGAUAAACUUGUCGCUCUGGAGACCCUCGAUAUUUCAAUAAAUAAUUUAUUUAAUUUAUUCGGUUUAGACAAUGUAUUCAAUUUAAACAGUAUAUUCGGAAAGCUGAAAAACCUUAAUACACUUAAUUUAAAUAAGAACUAUUUUACAUAUUUGGAAAAAGAUCUUCUACGAUAUAAUACAAAAUUAUUACGCGUUGACUUAAGUUACAACCAGAGACAUUUGACUUUAUUAGAUGAAUUUAGCAAUUUAACGAAAUUGGACACUGUGAUACUGACGAAUAAUGGACUAGUGACAUUACCGGAAAAUCUCUUUAGGGGAUCAAUUAGACUGACUACGAUUAUAUUGAGUAACAAUUACCUCCAAACUUUGCCCGUAAAUCUAUUCUGGGAUUUGGAAGAGUUAACAACAUUGAAUCUGGAUUCUAAUCAUCUAGAAGUUUUGCCUGAUGAUAUUUUCUCAAAUAUCAAGGGUUUAAAAUAUUUGAUUUUAUCAAAUAAUCGCAUUACUUCUGUUCCCGAACGACUAUUUAAAACAUUACGGCGGUUGGAAGAAUUAAAUAUGGAACGAAAUCAUUUAAAAAUUAUUUCCAACUACAAUUUUCGUUAUGUCAGAAAUUUAAAGACUAUCAAAUUGUCUCACAACUUUCUUACAUUAGAAUCUAAUGGCUUAUAUGUCAGUUCACCUUUCUACAAUUGCGACUCGCUGACAGAACUAUAUUUAGCUAACAAUAGCAUUUCGAAAAUAUUUGACGAUUGGAUUAACUCCAAGAAGCUUCGUAGAUUGGAUCUCAGUUAUAACAACAUAUCUUCUAUACAAGUAGAAGAUUUAAUGUUUUCAUCGCCCAACAUUAUAGUGAACUUGACUCAAAAUAAAAUACAGCAUAUCCCUUUAUACGAUGCUAAACAUAUAAAAGAGGGAAUUCGUACUAAAAGAAAUCGUACCGUAAAAAUAUUAAUGGAAAAUAAUCCAUUAAAUUGUGAUCGUGAAAUGUACGAUUUUCUAUGUUAUGGAGACAAAAUGCACAACGUUCAAAGCUAUUUUCAGAUAGAAUUAGAAAAUUUAAUUUGUCACAGUCCGAAAGAAUUGGAAAAAGUACGAAUAUGUUCUAGAAAUAUAUCGGAAAUAAAUUUUAAUAAUUUUUAUUCGUUUGACACAACAGUGAUUAUCAACAUUAGUGCAGCAAUUGCUCUUAUUGCAUUAAUUAUUGGUAUUUUGUGUUACAAAUAUCAAACACAUAUUAAGAUAUGGCUGUUCAAGUGGUGUUUACGGUUUACAGCGAGAGAGAAAUUGAAUAACGACGUAUCGUACGAGGUAUGCUUAUGCACUUCUCGCAGGAAAAUCACAAUUUUAUAACAAAGGACGAAGUGGACGAAGUGAAAUCAAGUGAAGAACGAAGUGAAAUCAAAAAAUAACUCGAUUCCAUUCUAAUUGUGUCUUCAUUAUCGAGAUUGGUUAGCAAGCGAAUAGAUACCAAACAAUAUUGCUAGAUCUGUGGAGAAUUCUAGACGAACGACAGUGGUGCUGUUGCCAAAUUUCUUGGAGAUCGUCUGGAGAAGAAUAGAUUUUCGGGCUGCUCAUCGUCAAGCGUUGAACGAAGGUCGGACGCGAGUGAUACUGAUCUUGUAUGAUUACAUCAAACACACAGAUGAUUUGGAUUCUGAACUGAAAGCGUACAUAUCUACACGUACGUUCAAUGGGGAGAUCCUUGCGAUAAAAGAUACGCGCUGCCGCUUCAAUCCGGACGAUAAGUAGUUCUGCCUGAAGGAAAGUUCUAGAGAAUUAUAAAUUGUAAACAAUAAUAAAAAACUUAAUCUUUGUAUUUCCCAAGACAUUUGCGAUCACUCUUGCGAUCGUGAAUUGAUUUUUAGCAAAAGAAUUUGAUAUAAUUAUAGUAUAAUUAGAAUAAUGAAAUUGAUACAAUUGCAAAUAAAAAAUUAUU